AUGGGUUCGUCGUUGGAAGAGAUCAGAAAGGCACAAAGAGCCGAUGGCCCAGCAGGCAUCUUGGGCAUUGGCACGGCCAACCCUGUGAACCAUGUGAUCCAGGCGGAGUAUCCGGACUACUACUUUCGCAUGACCAAUAGUGACCACAUGACCGACCUCAAGGAGAAGUUUAAGCGCAUGUGUGACAAGUCGAUGAUUAGGAAACGGCACAUGCACCUGACGGAGGAGUUCCUCAAGGAGAACCCAAAGAUGUGCGCCUACAUGGCUCCUUCCCUGGACGCUCGGCAGGACAUUGUGGUGGUGGAGGUCCCUAAGCUGGGGAAAGAGGCGGCAAUGAGGGCCAUCAAGGAGUGGGGUCAGCCCAAGUCAAAGAUAACACACGUGGUCUUCUGCACCACCUCCGGCGUCGACAUGCCUGGCGCCGACUACCAGCUCACCAAGCUCCUCGGCCUUCGCCCCUCGGUUAAGCGUCUCAUGAUGUACCAACAGGGUUGCUUCGCCGGCGGCACUGUCCUCCGUCUCGCAAAGGACCUUGCUGAGAACAACCGCGGCGCCCGUGUCCUCGUUGUCUGCUCUGAGAUCACGGCAGUCACUUUCCGUGGCCCCUCUGACACCCACCUCGACUCCCUCGUCGGACAGGCCCUCUUCAGUGACGGCGCAGCAGCACUCAUCGUGGGUUCAGACCCGGACACUUCCGCAGGAGAGAAACCCAUCUACGAGAUGGUAUCUGCAGCGCAAACCAUCCUCCCUGACUCGGACGGAGCCAUAGACGGACACCUGAGGGAGGUUGGGCUCACAUUCCACCUGCUAAAAGACGUCCCCGGGCUCAUCUCGAAGAACAUCGAGAAGAGUCUAGAAGAAGCGUUUAAACCGUUGGGAAUAAGCGACUGGAACUCUCUCUUUUGGAUAGCCCACCCGGGAGGUCCGGCGAUCCUGGAUCAGGUGGAGCUGAAGUUGGGACUCAAGGCAGAGAAGAUGAGAGCGACGCGCCACGUGUUGAGCGAGUACGGCAACAUGUCAAGCGCAUGCGUCCUCUUCAUACUGGACGAGAUGAGGAGGAAGUCAGCGGAAGAUGGUGCCACGACAACGGGAGAGGGGUUGGAGUGGGGUGUCUUAUUUGGCUUUGGACCAGGUCUCACCGUAGAGACCGUAGUCUUACGCAGUGUUCCCGUUUGA